AUGCCUUCGCCAUGGAAACGGAUAAGCUUUUCGGCCGCCUCCACGCUUUGCGUCGGCUCCGUGGCCCUCCUGCUGACGGCCCUGUCCACAGAGCGCUGGGUCAGCGGCCGCAUCCUGUGCCAAACCGGCGUGGACAUUGUCAACGCGUCAAGCCCGGAGAUGGAACUCUUCACCGGGUCCGUCCACUACGGGCUCUUUGCCGGAGGGAAGACCAAGAAGUGCGGACUGGGGACCAGACGCUCCAAAAUACACAUCUUCCCAAAUCUGGUGCGCUCGUUGAACGGCGGCCUUCACAUGAUGGUGAUCCUCUUCUUGCUUGCGGCGGUGUUUUUCGCACUGGUCAGUCUCUCCUUCAGCAUUUACAACGCACGCAAAGUCCCCUACCAGAGUAUCAAGGGCCAUAAAGGACUCUACCUGUGGAACAUCAUCGCAGCCGCAUUUGGCGGCUUGGCGGCGCUGUGCUUUCUGGCGGCCGUGAGGCGGCACAGCCUCACCGAGCGUGUGGUCAACUACGGGGAGAAUCUUUUCGCUUUGGCGGUCCUGGACGACGCGUUGGACUGGUCCUUCUGGUUGAGUGUCGCCAGCGCCGCUACUCACCUGCUGGUGUGCGGGGCGGUGGCCGUCAGCCGCGUCAAGAUGCCCAAAACCGAGGUCAAGAUGCCUCAGGAGCCCACCAUCUCCGCUCUUGAUCUGCUCUACUGA